AUGGCUCCGCCUACAGUCUUCGCCCUAGUGGCGUACCUCUCCAUCCCUCAGCUCGGAAGUAGCAACGUGGUAGUUCACCCGUCUCUCACAGACUUCUUCGUUGAGCGCAUCGGCGAGCACAUCUUCACCUCCUUCGAUAACUUGAUUAGCAAAAGACUAGCUUCCCCGAGUUGUUCCAGUUCGGGUGACACGAGUUGCCACCUUGUCCACGCGGGGGCAAUUGGUUAUGCAGAUGAACAGACCGAUCAGGACACGGAACAGAAGCCAAUCAAGAGGAAGACGGAAAAAGAAGUUACCUAUGACGAAGAGGACGACGAGAAAUAUACUUACCUACACACUACGCCCUUCUAUUCAAUUCCUAUAGAGGAAAAAGGGUCAACUGAUGCAGAAUCGAAAAAGGAUGAAGAUAACCAUAGUGAAAACAAACUUAUGAAAAACAAAAACAGAAAAAGUAUUUGGAUGAAAGGUUACCACUUCUUGGUGAACGUAUACACAUCCCUCAUCAAAAAGAAGGAGCAUACAAUAAAAAUCGAGGAGAAGCUAUCCCCAUCUUAUUUUAUCAAUAGUAGAAGAACGAACAUAUUAGGAAACAGAAACCAAUUAAAUCAGAGCCCUACGAAGUACAAUUUUAAAGGCCUCUUCAUAGGACAACACUUGAAUGAUGCGAAGAAUUUUUCGUUCCUAUCCCCCCUGUCUUUAGCCAUUGAUGAAAUCGACUUCAAAAAAAUCUUUAUGCAGGGGUGGGACGUAGAUUUCUACUCCAAUUACAUCUUUUUGGAUAGGUCAGACUCCCUGGGGGUGGGAAAUAAGAAAAAGAAGGAAGGCGCGGUUUCUCCUGAGGGGGAUGUCACCCUUGGGAAAGAGGAGAAGAGCACCUACCUCACAGGUACAGCCACAACUCCUACUUCGAGCAGAACCGAUGGUUGGGUCGGCAACAUCAAGUCGAUCUUGGACCUCUCCAAAGGUGAGAAGGAAGAACAACCCUCUAGCAAUAACUCCCGUAAAGAUGGACGCACCGAUAGGACCACCCCACCACAGAUGAACGAAGCCUACGAAGAAGAAGAAGAAGGAAAACUACCAGGAAAACAUGUCACACCAAGUACCAUUAACAAAAUAUUAAACAAGUUAAGAAUACCAUCCGAAAGGAGUAACUAUGGUCGGAUGAUAAAAGCCACCAGGGGGAUGAGAGUGGGGGUAUGUACAAGGCAAAGUAAGGAGGGGUCCCUACUCCCAUCUUUACUAAAAAAGACACUAGUCAGUAGCAUAUCUUUUAGGAAAAACUAUAAGACGAAAGAGAAAAACCGCACUGACCCCCCUCCCUUCACAUGUGCAUUCUUCCACUCCAUUAGCAAUUCCGAGAUUCUCCUUUUUCUUGAUAAAAUUACAUCCCCUAAUGGGACCACCCCAGAGGAAAGUGACAAGACAACCUGGAACGAAGAAACACGCAGGGGAAUGAACUUCUUCAGAAACACCAUGAAACUGACAAAUAGUACAUUAUACAAAAAGUGGUCGAAGAGAAACAACCACAACAAAGGAUACACCGACAUAAUUUCUACGAACCCAUUAAAGAAUCUAACUGUUCAUGCAAAUUAUGAAUACAAAAAGAAUCUCUUCAAAUUGCAUUCAGAUUACAAUGGAAUAAGUAGAAGUAUCAUGGUUGUAAGGAAUUAUCAGAAGAAGGUUCUCCUAAAGUUCAUCUUCCAGGUGGACAUAUGUUACAAUGACCUGUACGUAGAUAACGACAUUCAGAUGCGUUACAUCUACUCGGACGCAAAUCCCAGUUUGAUAACGAGGGGUGCGUGGAGUUCUUGUGCACUGUGGGGACCGCUCCAUUUUUACAUCGACGGGGACAACAGGGUGGAUACUCAACGGGGAAGGGAAUUAGAAGAACCAGUAGGAGUGAACUCAAGCGGAGAUACACCUCCCCACGAAUCCUCCCAAUCGGAAACUGAAUUAAGAAAAAUCUAUUGGCAUGAACAGAUUCUGAGCGACAAAGUAGAACCUGCGCAACGGUACAAAAGACUGAAAUCCUUGUACGUGGAAAAUCCCCGUUUAGAGGAAAUUAGAGAUAGAACAUACUGGAUGGAUAGACAUGUACGCGACAGUGGUGACAUCCUCUUGUUGUCCACCAAAGGAUCAAUCGAAUUCAAAACGCCAAUUGUUGUUAGCGAUCUGUAUGUGCGUCUACACCCGAACCCUCUGUACAGAUCCUCCUGCGUGGGGGAGGGGGGAAAUGCACAGGAAACCCCAUUGGAGACAUGCACACAGGAAAAGCCAUACAGCAUGCACGUUCUUUUUAAUUUCUACCUGAACAAAACCAAGAAGUACUCAGCGGUGAUGGAGAUCUACGUAGAUACUCUUGGCCCAGGAAACCAUAACAGACAUUACAACGUUCGACACUCCUCCGGAUACACUAAGCCACUAAACGUGAUGACUCUGCUUAAAGGAAAUAUCAACCACUAUAGAGUUAAUAAAAUAGAAAUUGAGUACUCGCUUAAUCCUCAUCCACUUGUACAACGAGAGGGAUUUAUUCACCGGAGGAGGAUGCCCUUCCUCGUGUCUGUGUGUAAUCUAACCAUUAACCAGAGUCAGAAGGUCUACAACUACAUUCCUACAUUUUUCGUAUCCAAAGGAAACUUCCUCCAAGUGCUCAGUCGAAUCCAAUCCAACCCGAUCAACACCUCCGAAACGACUAUCGGCACAGAGAACAUCACCCAAGUGAGCACCAUGAACGUGUUUAGCACUACCAACACGGAAAGGAACCACGAGGGAAAGUCCAGCAAAUUCAUCAGCAACACCUCCUUUUCCAUUUUCACCUCGCUGAGUGAACCCAUUUUCUGGGCGCACAUAAUUCAGUUUCGCUGUGGUGUUAGCCAAUGCCAGUAUGAUCAAGCGACUGAACAAUUUCUGAUGACCACCUUGGGAGGGCGACACGAGGGGACGACGACCCAAGGCAGUAAAGAGGUCACUCUCCAGAGGCAUUUCUUCCAACCGAAUGCGCACAUCACCACAGCCAUCAACGGAAAAAACACAAAGGAAGGAGAAUACGCUGAGUUAAGCGAAAUUCAGAAAGCAUAUCUAGACUUCCUGGAUAGAUGGAAACCAAGUGAGGUGCAACAACAAAGUGAAGCGCAACGACCAAGCGAGCGAGGACAACCAAGUAGCCGAAUGAGUGAAGCGGAUCAGACGAGCUACAGAAACGAGACACAACAGGCCACCAUGCCCAAUACGAUCAAUGAACCCAGAGCCCCUCAACAUUUCUCACUCCACAAAAAACAGAUCGUGGCCUACGACAUGACCGACAUCCUCAACCUUGAGCACAACAAGAAGAGGUACAUGAUCCCCCCGUAUCGCAAGGGGAUAUACAUAUGUUUGGAAAGUAAAAGGAACCAAUUAGUGUACGACCCGAAUGGUCACAUGUUCUACGUGAAGGAAAACGAAAAAGUGAAUAUAGGUAACGACACUAGAGAUGCUUUGCCGGCCUUGUGGAUCUACUCAGCUCUCCUGCCAACAGAAAGCGACCUUUUGGACUUCUCCUUCCUCACCAAAAAUAAGUUUACCCUGAAGAUGGUCCAAACGAAUGACACCAAAGUUUACUUCAAAAAUAUCAUACCCUUGACUCGAUACGAAGAUUAUGAGAAUAUAGAAAGAAACUACACCGAGAAGGUUCUAAAAAUCAGCUUCAUCGACUUCAAGGAGAAUGGAUUCAUGUCUCACCCUCUCGGCCAAACCAUUGAUAGUCAACUUUACAGGGCCAAAGUGAUUGAAUUUCUAAAGAGCAAGUUCAGCACACUUGUGCAGUUCUCUUCGGAAGACAUGGAUAGCUGA